UUCACUCCCAGGAGAACCACAGCAGAAGCCGGGCUCUGUCCCUGACCCGCAGCCGCUCCGCCAGCUGACCCCCUCCUCCCCCUCUGUCAGUCCCGGGCUGCCUCUGCCCUGUGGAGCAACCCCUCGGACCGGCUCCGUCCUGCGGUCGGGGCUGGCCGGCUGCAGCGGAGGGCGGACUCUGCAGGUUGGCGGAGGAUGCCCCGGUGCCCGGGCUCAGACCCUCCACACCGUCCGCUGUCCGGGGACCGGCCUGCCCCGGCCACCCCCACUCUCUCUCAGGGUAUGUGGGCGUGGCGCCCGCCCACUCCCCGCCCGCCUGCUGCCUCCAGUUCUCCGCUGUCCCGGGCUGCGGCGGGUCGCUGCGGGGAAGAUGGGCUUCCCGGCGGUGCUGAGGAGCGUGGCGGCGCGGCGCGGCGCGGGUCCCGGGGGCUGGAGCCGGGUCUGGGGCAGGUCAGCGAUCGCGCCGAGCCUCAGCGGUGGCGGUGACCGGAGCAACAGCUCGCUCCAGUAUUUAGAUAUUGUCCCAACCAAGCCGACCCUCACCACCAGCUACAUGCAUGGUGCCAUGAACAUGCCACUUAUCGGCAAGACCAUUGGGCAGUGUUUUGAUGAGACUGUGAAUAAGAACCCAGAUAAGGAAGUUCUGAUGUUUCUGCAGGACGGAGUCAGGAAGACACUUGGGCAGCUGAAACAGGAGGUUGACCAGUUGGCUGCAGGACUACUCGCCAUUGGACUGGAGAAGGGGGACCGGCUGGCGUUGUGGGCACCAAACAUGUAUGAGUGGGUGCUGACUCAGUUUGCUGCAGCACAGGCUGGCAUCAUAAUGGCCAGCAUCAAUCCGGCCUACCAGGCACGUGAGGUGGAGUUUGUCCUGAAGAAGGUUGGCUGCAAGGCCAUCAUCUGCCCUGUAGCCUUUAAAACCCAGAGGUACUACGACAUCCUGAAGCAGAGCUGUCCCGAGCUGGAGAAGGCCACGCCAGGGGAUCUCAGGAGUAGCAGGCUCCCAGACCUCAGGUCAGUCAUCCUGAUUGGAGGCAAGUUCCCUGGAACGUACAGCUUUGAGGAGGUGUCUGAGGCGGCUUCCAGCAGUCAGCGUCAGCAGCUAUUAAACAUUCAGAAGAAAAUCUCCUUUGAUGACCCAAUAAAUAUCCUAUUUACUUCGGGCACCACAGGAUACCCCAAAGGAGCCACCCUCUCCCACCACAAUCUCGUCAAUAAUGCCCGAUUUAUCGGAAACAGGAUCGGCUACCAUUGGCGGGAUGCCUGGAUCUGUGUCCCAGUCCCCCUGUUUCAUACCUUCGGAUGUGUGGGAGCCUCCCUGAUGCUGGCCAUUUAUGGAUGUCAACUGUGUUUCCCCUCUCCAAGUUUUGAUGGGCGGGCAGCCCUUAAGACAGUUGUGAGUGAAAGAUGUACAAUAAUUUAUGGGACCCCAACCAUGUACAUUGACAUGCUGGGCCAGCAGGACUUCUCUACGUUCGACCUCUCGACGCUGGAAGUAGGAAUUGUAGGUGGUGCACCGUGCCCUGCUAACCUGAGCAGGCAGAUCAUGGAUAGGAUGAAGAUCAAGGAACUGACUGGAGUGUACGGGACAACAGAGAACAGUCCUGUCACGUUUCAGGGAUUCCCAAAGGACGAAAUAACACGAAAAAUAGAGACAGUUGGAUACAUCUCCCCUCACAUCGAGGUUAAAGUUGUGCAUCCCCAAACUGAGGAACUCCUUCCUGUGAACACGGCUGGGGAGCUGUGGAUCCGUGGGUACUCUGUUAUGUUGGGAUACUGGGAUGACCUGGAAAAGACAAAGGAAUGUAUCACUCCAGAAGGCUGGUAUAAAACAGGUGAUAUCGCCAUGCUUGACCCAUACGGAUACUGUUCGAUCAUAGGCAGAAUUAAAGACAUGAUCAUCCGUGGAGGAGAGAACAUUUAUCCUGCAGAGUUGGAAGCGUUUUUCCACACACACCCCAAGAUACACGAGGUGCAGGUGAUUGGAGUUCACGAUGACAAGAUGGGAGAGGAGGUCUGUGCCUGUGUGAUACUGAAGGAUGGAAUGGAGUGCACAGCUGAGGAACUCAAGUCCUUCUGCAAAGGACAGAUCUCCCACUUCAAGAUCCCACGAUACAUUGUGUUUGUGAAGGACUUCCCUCUGACGGCCUCUGGAAAGGUUCCAAAAUAUAAACUGAGGGAGACCAUUGAAGAAAAGUUGAAGCUGCGGCCUGAGUGACAUCGCCCACAGCGGGGCCAGCGAGCGGCUCCCACUGUCUACGUUCAUCACCAGCCCAGCACUCAGCCAAACACAGAGAAUUGCCUUGUUAUAGAUCCGUCGGCUUCCCCUGCCCGAUCAAGCUGACAGCUCCUCCUUCCUGAAGCCUGCUCUCCUCAUUUGCUCUCUAACCUGGGGGCUCAGACUCCUCCCCAAUGAUCUCAGGAACAGUAAGAGGCCAUUCAGGUCCUCAAGCCUAUUCUGCCUUUCAGUUAGAUUAUUGCUGACUUGCAUCUUAAUUCCAUUCACCCAGCUUGUCCUUUAAUCAUUUACACAAAACCCGACAAAAACCUGACAAAAACCCGGUGACCUGCACAGAGAAAUCCAUACCCAACACAAAACACUCAACGGCUUUGUGGGAGAGAAAUUCUCAGAUUUCCGCUGCCCUUUGUGUGAAGAAACGAUUUCUGACCUAAAUGCCUUGCUGUAAUUUGCGAGCUAUAUCCCUUUUACCUGGACUCACUCACUACAGGAAGUAAUUUCUCUCUGACUACCCUCUCAAUCUCUUUAGUCAUUUUAGCUUAGAUCCCCAUUUAGUCUUCUGUGCACUUUGUCCUUGCAGUUGAACUUAUUAGCUCAGAUAACCUUCUGGUGAAUCCCCUCUUCCCCUACACUCCUCCCUAUAAUGAUUGCCCUCUUUUGGUGCUGGGUUGGCUGCAGACAGUCCAAUUGUAUAAACUGGGCACGUAUAUUUUAGAAUUAGCAGGAACAUGAGUGGGAUACAGAGUCCACAUCUCUGAAUCUGUCUGCAGCUUCCCCCACACUGUCAGGAGAAGAUGAAAUUCUUAUGUACACAUGAGAAUGGAAUACAACCAGCAUUAUCCAAUCACACAAUGCCUUAAUUUGGGAAAUCUCAUUAACCCAGUUCCUAGAACCGGAAUUGGAACCUUUCCAUAAAUGUUCUGCUGGCUACUCUUAUACAGAGGCUGACAUUAUUCAAUCCACCCCACCCAAUUAUAAAAUAACCUGCAAUAUCACAAACCCUGACCUACCAUUUCACUCAGCAAGGACUCUAUCCAUUUCAUUCAUGAAUGUUGCACAUCUUACUCCAGGUCCAUUUUGACAUGAAUCCAAACAUCAAUUCUGCCCCAUGAUCGACACUAAUCUCACAGCCUAUAGCCUAUCAUGGACCCUACCCCAUGACAAGCCUACCAUACAGAGCCUGGCUCCAUGUGUCAGGCUCAGAUUGGAUUGGAUUUCAAAAAAUUAUAGCCCUGGGCUUAGGUCAAGUUAGGAUUGGCAGUGGUCAGGUUGGGUUUUUAGAUUGGAGGAGUUCUGUACUAUCAUGGUCCCUAUCUUGUAACAGAUCCAUGUUGGCAUAGACCCUACCUCGUCAUGGAUUCUAUCCAAUCCUAUUGUACACGACCAUGGACCCAACCAUUUCACGGAUUCCACCCAUGACUCUCCCCAAUCCCCAAGGGUACAGUGUAAAUUCACCCCAAUGCCCAAGAUGAAUAAAGCAAACCUUCAGAGUAUGAACUAGCAAAUGUUCACUUUCCAAUAUUCUACACGUUACUGGUUGUCCACCACAAUAUCCCCACCUUUCCACCAUGUAACUAGUAGUUGUAAACUCCAAGUAUUACAUUCAAACUGGUGGGCAUAUUUUAAUAAAACAACUCAGUCUUGGUGACUGCAGAAGAACAGAGGUUUCCUGCAUUGGACAUCAUUGGUAAAUAGGACAUAUCCAUCUACCUCAACUGAAUAUCAGCCCUCCUGACAUGUUGCACUCCCUCAGUUCUACAGUGACCUACCUUUUGUACAAAGGUGUCUAAUGCAUGAUCCCAGAACCUGUGACUCAGAAUGCUACCCACUGGGAAUUGAUGUGGAAUUAUUGAGAAAUGGUAACUCUGGAUAGAUUAUCAUCCUUUCAACAUUCAGUUUUACAAGGAGGAAUUUUUAUGGCACAUUAUCUUUAUCCCUGAAAGUACUUUGCAUUGUAGGGCAAUGAGUUAGCAUUUUAUAGUGGUGUUGCACACAGGAUCUCAUCAGAAAGAUGGAUGAACAGUUGGCUUAUUUUUUCCACAUGCUUGUUUUGAUUUGGGAAGGAUUGUUGGUCAGAACUUUCAUGUCAAUUUCUAAUUAGCCAGCUGAAUAAAAUGUCAGAAUACUGGCACUUUGCUCAGUCGAGCUUUGACAUGGGCUUGAACCCACAACCUUCUGAUCUAGCAACUAGGCCAAAUGGAGAUCAGAAGAUGACCAUCACCUAAUUUGAAUUCUCUGCCCAUUUCACCAGCCAGUUUGUUAUGAACUCUAAACCUUUUGGAAACACACGAUGCCACAUGAUAUUCAGUCAAAAAACUCUAUCCUUUUUUAAUAAUGUGAUGUUGAUUAAUGGGUAUGCCUUACUAAGAAGCUGAGUUCUGCUUUGCAUAUGCUUUGCUCUGCACUGCUUUGCAGUGGCAAUCACACACCAGCCUAACAUAUGAAAGCCUUUGAGCUAGGCAAAAUGUAGUCCACCCAAGCAUUGUACUGAUCCUAUAAAGAGACACUCCUUGGGUUAACAGAGGCAAGCUUAUAACCUCACAUUUACAUAAACCUAUAUAUUUCUAAAUCAUACAGAUUAAGAAAUUUCAUGCAAACUAAGUAGUGCUAGUUCUAUAUAACAACAUCUCAUAUAUGCAGCUUCAACUUAUCUAGAUGCUUCACUGAAAAUUAUAAUCUUUUGUUCUGAUUAUUUGGACUAAGUUGCAUAAUUUCACUUGAUCUGAGUUGUUACAAAAUAAAAACAAUUCACUAGUUCA